UGCACAUGUGGGAGAUUUUUUGACAACGUUUUACAACGUAUAGUUUCGCUUAUCUCAUAGCGAUAUUAUAAUUCACAGUCAUUGCGCUGUGAUUUCUCUUCAUGGAAGAAGCACAAGAUGCAGACAUAAAUGGUAUUGACAGGGAAAGUUUAGUCAAGGAGAUAGAGUUAAUUCGGCAAACGCUUGGGGGCGCAUCGACUCGAGCAGGCACUAAUAGCGAGUUUGCAAGUUAUGAGGUGCGCGACAACCAGGGGGAUUCCGACGAAGACGAACUAGAAAUUAUCAAAUCACAGGAAUACAUAGAAACUUCUGAAGAAACAUAUCAAUCACAGCUUUUCCCUGUUGAAGUUAUUUCAUCUGAAAGUGAAGAUGAGACUCUCAAAAGUACAACAAAGAUCUACAAGACUGCAAUCACUAUUUCAGAUGAUUCUGACUUAUCUGCAGAUGAAUACACUUGUUAUGAGGUCUCUACAAUAGUACCACUCAAUGAUUCAGUGGACGAAUCUGAACAUUACCUUAGUUCUGUACCUGAGAACUCACAUUCCAUCUCGGAAAAUGUCCAUGCUAGCAGAGCUCAUAAUAUUCCAAGCAUACAAAUAUCGCCAAAUCCUGAACAAUCUAAUCCGUUUCUUGAGGAACAAAAUAGUGGUGACUAUCAUUUGACUGAACUUCAGCCGGCUAAGGAUGGCUGUCAAUCUUCAGGGAUUUUUCAGAGCCGUUUGGCAUUUCUUCAUCAUGAUUAUGGAAAUAGUCAGUCUUCUUUAGUCAGUUCAAAAGAAGCAGAAAAUCUUGAUAAUGUUGGUGAUGGUGCAAAAGAAAUACAUGUUUUAAGUGAUGAGGAAGACUGUGAAGUGUUAAAUGAACAACAACGAUGUUUGAACCUGAAUAGAAAGUAUCAGACAAUUAUUGAAGCACAACUCAGGAAAAUUGAGAAAUUACUUGCAGAAAACAGAGAGAAACAAGUUGGAUUGGAUCGGAUGUCUUCUUCCUCAUCAGCAAAAGCAGAAGAAACCGAACAUAGCCAUAGGAGUCUUUCCUCAUAUGCAAAGCCAUAUUUUAGAACACGCAAAGAGUGUCCUGAGGACAAUGAAGAUACCAAACUUCGAAAGAGUGUUGGUCAGCCGCAUACAUUUCAAACACCACCAAGACUAUGGUCACAGGAGGAUAAAAUUUUGCUGUCGGAUGCUGUGAAGUCAGAGAUAUUACAGACCAAACAAAUGCCUUUGUUAAGGAGGCUUGAAGUCAUCACUCCGAAAUUAUUAAAAACGAAAGAAGAUCAAAAAGAGAUUGAAGAUCUAAGAAAUGAAAUAGAGCGCCUGAAAGCUCUUUCUAUUGUUGACUUGGUACAAGAUUUCACUGACACUAUUGACUUCUGCGAUAUCUCAAAUAAAGUGCUGCCUUUCCGAACACCGCAUCAAUGCCAAGUGUUUUGGUAUAACGAGCUUCACCCUCUCUUAAACAAAGGCAAGUGGGAGAAAGAAGAGGAUAAGUUGUUAUUGCGAUUAGCUGAGGAAAACAGCUGCGGUGGGAACUGGCACAAAAUCGCUACUGAACUCAAGAGUAACAGAUCUGCAGCACAAUGCCUGCAUAGAUAUCAAAGAAGCUUGAAUAAGAACUUCUUAAAAAGCAAGUGGGAGCCAGAAGACGAUAAGAAAUUGGUCGAAGCUGUUAACGCGUGUGGAGUUGGUCCUUGGGAGAAAGUGUCCAGUUUUCUUGAUGGUCGUACUGGUCCUCAAUGCAUGCAUCGCUAUAUUAAAUCUCUUGAUCCUGAGAUCAAGAAGGGAAAGUGGGAAAAAGAGGAGGAUGACUUGCUACGUAAAGGAGUGGAGCUAUAUGGUUUUAACUGGUUCAAGUUUAAAAGUUUGCUACCAAGAAGGACAGAUUCUCAAGUCCGGGAAAGAUGGCAGGAUGUUCUUGAUCCCAAUCUCCGUAAAGGCGCGUUCAGUAAAGAAGAAGACGAGAGAUUAAUUAAAGUUGUUGGAGAACAGAGCGUCGGACUUCGGAAUUGGUCAACAAUUGCAAAACAUAUGCCAGGAAGGACUGACAAUAAAUGUCGAAGGCGGUGGUUUUCUCUGAUGAAAGAAGAUCCGAAGACAAAAGAGCACUUCAUUAAACAGAAAAUCAUACGAGCUAAACUUGUAAAUAAUUUCUCUCGACGUCGUUCUGAUAAACCGGAAAUUGGACCAGAAGAUUUUGAUAUGUUUGACUUGUCCGAAACCGAGGAAAUCGAAUCUCUUUCUCAACUUCCGAGCAAAGCAGAGGAUGUAACUACUGAUGAAGCGAACACAGACGCAGCAUUUGAUGAUGUAACUAAUCUUGAUGCAACAUCUGACCACUGCGCUAGCAUUGCUUCUCAAGACGACACCACAAAAAUAAAAAGAAAGGAGAAAGAAGCGAAAGAGAACUCCACUCCUACGUCGCCAAUGAAGAAUAGGGGAAAGAAACGCAAGAAAGUAUCUGGUGGUGCCUACACAAAUAUUCAGGUAAAAAGUGCAGGUACUUCCAAAACCCCCGAUGUUAUAAGUUCAGAUGAACCAGAAAGCAAGGAACCUGGCAGAACGACCAGAAAGAGACCUCCUACUACGUCUAUGCCUUUAAAAUCAAGGGCAAGGAAAGAAUUUUCACAAUCUCCUAGUAAACCUCGGACAGAACCUCCCAGCAAGAUGACAAACAAAUGUAAACUAACCGCCCCAAAUCCAUCAGUCGUAUUACAGGCGUCUUCCUUGCCAAAUGCAAUACCAAUAUCACAUUUGACACAAUUUUCAGUACUCCUACAGGCAUUUAGUGUUGAUGUAUCUGGAGCGCUCAAGAAUGUUAACGCAAACAAAGGAGAAAAAUCCUCUCAAACGAACUCGGAGUCUCCUAGUGUGACAUCUCUUGGCCAACCUAUUCUAACAACAACGAUAACUGAUAACGACAAUGCCGAUAAACAAAUGCUCAAAACUAAUACUGAAGUAGAAACAAACAACAACACAGUUACUCUUAGAACAGUUACGCCCAGUCCUGUUGUCAGCGCAACGACACCUUCGUCAACAGCGCAACGUGCUACCUCUAUAACAAAACAAGGUCAAGGAAACGCGAACGGUAGAAAUAAACAAGAAGCAGUUCGUAGUGAUGAGGAAAACAAUGAUGGGGCAAAUACUUCAGGCAGUUCAAAAUCAUCUGUCGCAAACACUCCUUCUUGUAAAGGUACUAAAAAAGGCGAUGAUUCUUUUGACGAAAAUGCCUCUAGGAGAAGACGUAAAAGAACACGAGAUAAUCCUUCCGAUGCAGAAAAACAGAAAAGGUUAAAUUUUGAAUUAGCUGAACAAGUAGAUGGUUUGUCGGGGGUUAGUGACGUUCUCUCUGAUUCACAGCAUGGAUUGAUUUCUACAAGACCUAGAAGAGCAUGCAAGAGAGAGUAUUCGGAGUCCCCUGGUCAAUCGCGAAAGAACAAAAAUAAUCGAAUGAAAGGAGUAGUGGGACGACGCCUGAAUCUACAGUUGAAAAGAACGAACAAGGACGCCCAGAGGACGUUGAUGGUGAAACUUCACCAAGACAAUCUAAACGGAGCCAGCGAAAAAUGGAUUCCAGUUCAACGCCGGAUGUUACAACCGAAAAUCGUGCAGAACCCAUUCCUAAUGUCGCCAAAACUACUUCAGCUACUGCAAAACCUAUUUCUGCUAUUGUAGAAACUACUCCUGCUGCUAGAGAACCUACUUCUGCCAUCAAACAAACUACGUCCGCUACUUCAGAAUCUACUUCAUCUUUAAACACAAUUACUAAAAAUGUGGUCGUAAGUCCAAGUAGUGUUUCUAGCGUGGGUAUGAAUAGCCCAUAUCUUCAGGUUAGAAGAAUUAUCAUGGAUACUGAUACACAAUCACCUCGAGUACCGGCCAUUCCACCUCUACCCCCUACUGCUGCCACUUUAAAUGCUUUUAAGACACUACUGACAUUGAGAAAAGAUCUGCAAUCGCAGACUAAUCGUCUAGAAGUCACUCAACAUGAUCAAAACCAGCAGACAUCGGAUCAAAAUGCAUCGGCAUCGUCGGACAAAAAUCAUUUAUCGGACCAUUUGUUGCUCGUGUCAGACACGAAACAAACACCGCACGUGCAAGUUCGUAAUUCAGUGCCAUAUCAAAUACUUUUAAAUAGAUUUAAAGGACUUUUUAUGUGGCCUGGAUUUUUGUCGAUCGUCAACCCAACAUUUGUGAAGCCGAGUCAAAGUCAAACACUAAGUGGAACUAAUGCUAGUAAAAGUAAAAGAAGGAAAACAUGGAGCAGACGUCAGACUCGGUAGUUAUAUUUUGUACAACUUAUUAGUAUAAGUUACAAAACACAGUGUAUGUACAUUGUUCAUUCAGUGCUCUGCUAUGCAGUUUCCAAUUUUUUUCUCAUUCUCAGUUAAAACCUAUAUCGUUGCGUGAAUGCGCGUUUCGAUCU